AUGCCAUUCCGUGGAGCGAAAUGCGCCCGAGACGCUACCGGGGAACCUUUCACGAUGACCACCCCGUACAAUGAAGUUAAUGUUCCUAAUCCGCUUAACCGCACACUUUGGUCUUUUCCCGCCCGGUCUGCGGUCGAUCAUUAUUUAGAUGUCAGUCCGGACGAUCGACUGUACGGCAUUUGGCGUCAACUUCUUCCACACUUGUUAUCCGAUCAGAUUUUUGUUUGGGCUCAUCAACAAGGUGGACAUGCACUAAUUCACCCGUUGAAACCAAUGCCUGGCCUAUGGCCCGGUUUCCCAAACUAUCAUGCACAAUCACCGGCAUCUCACCCCACUUCGACUCACAUUCGACAUGGGCCUAACGAGAACCCAUCCCAAACCUCGGGAGCGCAGUCAAGACCAGUUGCGUCGUUCACAUCUAAAGCAAAUCCGACAUUCACAGCCAAGACCCCGCGGCUUACAUCUGCACACAUCGGAUCGAAUUUCAUAAGUGGCACAAAUGCAGCUCAUACCAAACCGGUUCCCUCCUCGGCCGGUGUACGGCCCAAGGCUACCACUGACCAUCUGCUCCCUGUCCGUCAGUCCACAGGCUGUGCACGGCCACGUGUAUAUGCGACCCGUAAACGCCAUGUGUCGGCCAACGCGAUUCUGUCCACGUGUCCCAAUUCGCCUCGCACAGACAGCCCCCGUGUAAUUCACCGCAAUCCUCUCAUUUCAGUCGAUGAGCAUAGCUCUGAGACGGUGUCCGCAAUUUCUUCCACACACAGUGCACUACCCUCUGCUCUCGCUGAAAGAACAGACGCCACAAAGGUUCAUUCGCAGUCUAUCAACACUGUCGUUGCUGCCCAUACGCCUUUACUGUCCGCGGUGAAAACUGCACCAACAGAGGUGGUGUCCAACCCAUCAAGGUUGGCGAAUGUUACGACUUGGGAAAUUCUGAUGUCUUCUUUGAAAAUUUACCAACGGUUCAUGCUGAUGUAUAGAAUGGAUAUAAAAACGAGACCUGGUAUCGAAGCUGGUAAAUCGCGGUACAACAGGAAAAUGCUCGGUUGUUGUCUUUUAGAGGCUCAGUGAAUUCGAUUUUUAGUGUUGCUUUUGCGUACCAAAUACCGAUGCCUUCAGAAAAUGAAUCAUACUUUCGACUCGGGUUUGUCUUGUUCUGGUCAAUGUGGGAUCGAACAUUGGCAUCAAGAAGUUUGUUCCAACACGACACGUCCUGAUUUCCUUGUGCCGACAAGUGACCAAACUGCCAAUCCAUUCUUCAGUAAGCGUCGUUUGACUCAGAACGCCGAUCGUGCCACGCGCGGUUUCAUGUCUCCACAUCCCUUUGCCAUGGAAGGUGCAUGGAAUAGCGAAUUAUCUGCCGAGCAAAAUAAUUGUAUGACGCAUCACCCGGGUUCCACCGUUGUCUCUGAGGCUCAAAAGGAUGGCGAGAUGCAAAAUGUGGAGACAAACUCAUAUCAUGAUGAUGAGAAAAAUAUGGAGGGUGACGAGGAAGAGGUUAAUGGUGAGGACGACAACGACGAAUGGGAGGCGGAAGAGAAGGAGGCUGACGAUGAUGAUGAGCGGCUUCAGCUUCGUUUGGCCUCCGCGUGGCAACGUAAAGCUCGUCGUCUUUUCGAUGAUUUGUCUACUCGAGUCAAAUGCGUUGUGUUCACCGACUGUCCUCACAUAUUGGACCUGGCCAUGGAGGGAAUUGGUUGGGGACUGAAUUUGUUACAAGAACAAGCCAAUGAAUCGGAGGCUCCCCGUCUAUUUAAUCCCGCGGUGAUUCGCUCCAAACUGCCUGAACGGGUUACUCAAGCAAGAGAAUGGUUUAGUCAUCACUCCGUUCACUUUGUUGCCGCUGAUACUCCGAUUGGGACACUACUGGACGAGGGAGCUCGACGUACCCAUCCGAUUCCAGUUCUCUCUGCAGGUACGACGGAACAUGAUCUGAUCCCAUCAUCUGUGUUGGAUACGGUAUUCAAUCUGUUCGACUCCAAGCUCAAUCUACCGAAAUUUGAACCGACGGAAUCCUCAUCAAAUCCGGGCGUCCCCGAUAAUCGCACUGCACAGUCUAAUACCAGUGAAUCAAUUGUGAUAGAAUCUGCAAUGAACUCGGGCCUUCAAACUCCGAGCCAUCACCCGCCUCGAGACAGAUCCUGGCGCUACAACUCAGCCAACUGGGACGAUUUCCGUGAUUUCCUAGCUGCUUAA